AUGGAAGAAGUACCGAUUAUAGACAAUAAUGAGAUAAAAAACCAUAUUCUAAAGACUGUGAAUUAUAUAAAAGAACAUGGGAAAAGUUUUGAAGAUGAACUAAGAUUAGAUGAAAAAUUUAGCUUUGUGAAUCCGGAUAAUGAGUAUCACAAGUAUUACCAAUGUAUGUUAGAUAAAAAUUUGAAUGACCAUAAAUUAGAACAAAAUGCAAAAGAAGGAAAGCAAACGAUAGAGGAAGAAGAUAAUAUAAGUGUAGAUGAAUUAAAUGAUAAUAAAGUAGAAGUACCGAAUGAACCGCAUCCAUUUUUCUUCUCAAAUUAUGAUACUAAUUUAAAACCAAAGUCUUUUGAAAUUCUGAAACUUACAGCCCAGUUUGUAGUUUGUAAUGAAGACAUUAAUUAUCUAGAAAAGUUAAAAACAAAAUACAUAGAUAAUCCCCAAUUUGCAUUUCUGAAUGAGAACCAUGAUCUGAAUAAAACAUUUAAUGUUUUUGUAAAUCAAUAUAAAGAGAUACUUAACAAUAAGAUUGUCAAACCUCUAAUGUUUGGGAAUAAUCUAAAAGGUAUUGAUUUUAAAAGGACUGUCUUGGAAAGAAGUUUCAAGAGAGCUGAAUAUCUUGAAUAUCAAGCAGAACUUGGUCAAAAGUUCCAAAAGGAGAAGAAUUUAUUAGAUAUUGAAUACGCAGCCAUAAACUGGACAAAAUUCAAAGUAUUAACUGCAUUUUCAUUAGAUGACCCUAAUACGCUCGAUAAGGAUAAUGUAGAUGAAUAUAAUAAACCUAUUAAUCUGCAAGGCCUUAAAUUAAAGGAGAUUUCAAAAAAUGAAAACACCACGUUAAUUUAUUUCCAAAGCAUUGAACCAAUAAAUAAAAAGGAAGAAUUAGAAGUUUCCAAACAAGGCAAACACACAAAAAGAAAGAUGAAAGUUAAGGCUGCAGGUGAAACUAGGAAUAAGAAAUUAAAGAGUAAACAGAAUACAGAGGUCAAUGAUUCGGAUAUUAAGGAUAAUAGGAAUAAAAGUGGACAUUAUAUUGAAUGCCCAAUAACUAAAAAAAUGGUCCCAGUAGCACAAUUUGAUAGAUAUUUGCAGACUUUAUUAGGAGACCCUAAAUAUAAAGAGGAAAGAACGAAAUUUGAGCAAAAACAUAAGAUGACAAACCUAACAGAUGCUGAGGCCUAUGAAAACAUCAAGAAAAUGGCUAGGAAAGAUUAG